UGAUGAUGAAACGGUCCAAUCCUAGCCUACAAGUCCAUGGAGCUGGGGCAGCAGUCCUGUCGCGCACGCGCCAACAGUUGGGAGCGCGAGCGAGCCCACGCGGACACCACGAAUGCUGGCAGGCAGCAGAGGUCACGCACGAAAAGAGGCACAGUUGAAGAGAUGACACCGUGAUGGAGUAGCCCACUCCGGACAGGUGGAGGAGCCAGCCACCGGUUGAGGAGAGAGGAUCCAUGAUGUCCGGUUCUGUACCUGAAACCAAUUCAUGUUGGGUUGCUGUAUUUGGGAGCCGUGUUGCCUGUUGCCCAUGGCAACCUCUUUCAGUUAUUAGGACAAAACACUGUAAGUCUCACCCUCAAGCCCCAUCAAAUCCACGAUGGGCAGGUGAAAACUGAGAGGCCAGAAGUUGGCCAUCUAAACCCACAAAGUGAGUCCAUAAAGGGAUAUAAAACCAUUGUCCUUAAGUUUGUCCUAAAAAUGCCAAAUGUAGCCAUAUAAAAAUGCCUCUGAAUGUUCGAGCCAAGCCGGCACAAUGCAAGCUGUCUGCUGUCUCAAAGAGCAGCGGGCGCGCAGAUGGCACUGCAUCUAAUUCACGCUUUUCAAGGUCUGCAAAACAGGCCAAAGGUAAACAGACUAAGACCAGUUCAACUCCAGGCUGCCGCUCAGGACUGGAACCUGGCUCGGUCUCCACACCCAUUUCAAAAGUACCUGGAGGUCAAGAAUCAAUGUCAAGGCUCGGUCCAAAGAAACCUGGAGGAGCAACACAUACAAAGGAGACCUGUGGCUCCGCAACAGCCCCGGGGGGAAAAACGAUGUCAAUGGAAAACAUCCAGUCUUUCAAUGCAGUUUACGGCACUUCAGGCAUAUACUCCUGCGAGCGGGAUGCUUUGGAACCCUCUGGAAGUUAUCCUAAAGGCACCAUGACACUUGGAAGGAACACCAGCUGCUUCUCCCACAGUGGCCGUGGUGCUGGCGCGGGCAGCAGCCCAAAUGUCAACUCCACUGACCCGAAUCACCCAUCCAACCACUACGGCAAAGGCCGAAACUUUCGCGCUGCAGGGACUUGCAGUCUACAGCGGCAGUCGGGGAGACGCUCACAGGCGCUGGACUCGAGCGAUCACGAGGUGCCUUCUGCAUCUGAACUCCAGGCUCAGCUGAGAGAGCUCCAGAGGGAAAAUGACAGCCUAAGAAAAGAAUUGGAUGGAAACAAGGAUGGAAAGACAGGCCACAGUAUUAACAGUGCCCACCUUUGGAGUGUGGAUGCCAAGAGAGACAAAGGCAUCAGGCGGGAGGAUGGAGCAAGGAGCUCUGCACUCAAGGACCAUUACAAGGAAGAUCAAGAUAACGUUCAGCUUCCACUGACAGUUGAGGAGCUCCAGGAGGAGCUGAGGGCCCACAGGGAGAUGAACAGCCGCCUACAGCAACCCCAUCAGCACGGGACCUCCGGUUCCUGUCGUGACAUUAGCCUGGAGCAGGAGCACAGAGAAGGGCUCAGUCCUGGCCGCACUCCCCGAGAAAGUCCCAGCAAUCUCCAAAGUUCUGGACCAAAGAACAGCCCAAGAGCGAGUCCCUCCAACACACUGAAUCCAAGGCAGCAGGAAGCGGACGUCAUCAUCCACAGCUCUGGGUAUGGCUCGGCCAGUCCGAUAGCAGCACAGAGAGUCAGCCCAGCCGGCACGCUUCAUCCCGGACCAAAACACAGCCCGAAUCAAGCAGCGAUCCCCAACCCCAAUUUGGUUUGGCGUUGCAGCCCUUGCCAAGUGCCGGGCUGUGAUGGCUUCUCCUCACCACCUCUGGAUCCGUCACAAGAGAAUUUUGUGCACCUGCAGUCGGAGCACGAGCGUCAGGCCAAGGAGCUGUUUCUGCUGAGAAAAACAAUGGAAGAGAUGGAGAUGAGAAUUGACUCUCAAAAGCAGACGCUGGGUGCCAGAGACGAGAGCAUCCAGAGGCUCUUGGAGAUGCUUCAGGGUCAAGGUCAAGGUCACGGGCAGUGGGGCCGGGGACAGAGAACGGGCAUCUUAGCUAUGGCCGCACAGGAGGCUGAAGGUCAACUCGAAAACAUGCACGUAAAAGAGGACACCAAGAUCUCUUCAUUGGAGAGGAACAUCAGAGACUUAGAAGAUGAGGUCCAGAUGUUAAAGACCAGCGGCCUGCUGCACCCUGACGACAGGCAGGAUGAGUUCAAACAAGUGGAGGUCUACAAGAGCCAUUCUAAAUUUAUGAAGAACAAGAUAGAGCAGCUGAAGCGGGAGCUGAACAGGAAGGAGCCUGAGAUGCAGGCCCUGCAGACCAAACUGGAAACACUAGCCAAUCAGAACUCAGACUGCAAGCAACACAUCGAGGUGCUUAAAGAGUCCCUCAACGCGAAGGAGCAACGUGCCAAUACGCUGCAGACAGAGGUAGAUGCUCUAAGGGUGCGUUUGGAAGAAAAAGAACAGUUCCUGACAAAGAAGAACAAGCAGCUUCAGGACCUGACUGAUGAAAAGAGCACUCUAACGGGAGAAAUCAGAGACAUGAAGGAUAUGUUGGACGUCAAGGAGAGGAAAGUCAAGGUCCUCCAGAAAAAGAUUGAUAACCUGUUGGAGCAGUUAAGGGACAAGGACAAGCAGCUGUCUGGGUUAAGGGAUCGGGUCCAAGGCCUUCAGACCGAUUCCAGCAACACAGACACAGCCCUCGCCACACUGGAGGAGGCCCUGUCUGAGAAGGAGCGAGUCAUCGAGACCUUUCGGGAACAGAAGGAGCGGGCGGACAGGGUUCAACUGGAGGAGUUGGAGCGACUGAGGAAGGACAACCAGGAAUUGAAGGACAAGCUGUCAACCCUCCAACCUCAGAAACUGUCCCCCAGCCAGCCUGCGAUCGUGGGCCCAAAGCAAGGCCAGAGGCCCGAUGGAGAGAUGCCAGCCCAAAUAGAAGCUCUACCAGCUGUUAGCUCCACGGCCGCAAACCCAGAGGACACAUUGCAUAAGUGUCCAGAUAUUGCAGCUCGCCUGAGGCUUCUUGAGCAAGAAGUGGCUCGCUACAGAGAAGAAUCUGGAAAGUCGCAAGCGGAAGUAGCAAGGUUGAUGGCGGCGCUGAAAGACGCUGAGGCGGACAGAUCUGGCAGAGAGAAGAAAAUAAAUGAUCUUGAGAGGCAAAUCAAGUCCCCUCACAUCCAAAAACAGACAGUGGAAUUCAGGAAAGAUGCCCAGCCUGACGGACAUCAACAUUCUUUAUCGCAGCUUCCUCUCUCAGCUUCCCAGGAGGCCAUGCAUGAGACAGCUGAGCGGAUAGGGCAGUUGGAGAAUGCCUUGAGGGAGAGCAUGAACACUUCUGCACGUAGGGAUGUGCUCUGGGCUCAAGAGGAGACGGCCCACGUUCGGGCUCAGAGACAGCUGGAAGAGCUGAUGGGGACCCUGGAGAAGACCCGGCAGGAACUGGACACGACAAAAUUGCACCUGUCCUCCACUCAGCACUCCUUGCAUGAGCGAGACAGACAUCUCAACAGCCUGCGCCAGGAAAGACGAAAACAGCUGGAAGAAAUUCUGGAAAUGAAGCAGCAAGCUCUACUGGCAGCUAUCAGCGAGAAGGAUGCUAACAUAGCCCUGCUGGAGUUGUCUCCCUCAAAGCGGAGGAAAGCCCAAGAGGAGGUGAUGGCUCUAAAACGGGAGAAGGACCGGCUCAUGCACCAACUAAAACAACAGACUCAGAACAGAAUGAAGAUGAUGGCUGAUAACUAUGAGGAAGAUCGGAUUCACCCUCAACAUCACCCUCACCAUUCCGUCCACUUGCACUCGUCGAAUAUGCAUCACAGAAGCCUCCCAAGAGGGCCCCCGCAUGCCAACCACAGAUCCCCUAUGGACCAGGAGGACGAAGAGGGCAUUUGGGCAUGAUUUGGUGCCAACGUUGGAACAUUGUGGACAAACUGCUUGCACCGCCAGAUCUCGGGAGGUCCAGGUGCUUCAGUGCUGCUUUCGGAUUACCACAACUCUGCUUGGAUUUUGGAGCUGAUCAGCGCAAUUAAAAUAACCGAUCACCGAUCAGAAGAUGGAACGGUCUAUUAAAUGUACUUAUUGAUUUACUGUAAAGUCGACGAUUGGGACUGGACCUGCCCACGAAAAGCCUCCGCUUGUGUUUAACUGACGACCAUUGAAAUACCUUAGGAAUAAAUAAUAACAAUUAACUCCUAAAAAAAA